ACAUUGGGAUUUCGUCAGAACAUUAAAAACUUGAUAAUUUGAUGGGGAAAAGUCACUCAUAUUCUUCCUCCCUAGCACAGAGACAUAUUCUGUGCCAAAUAAAAAUAAGCUAAAGCCAAGGAACCGUUUGAGAUUUAAAGACACAUAGGGAUUACACUCUAUGAUGAUAGAUUGGCGUUAGCUUUCGAGUUUUCCUGUGUAUUUGAACACAACCACGGUCUUACCUAGUUGUUCUUAUAUGCGAGAAUGUCAUUUCCAAAAUCAGAGGAACGAAAGAAAUGUUGGUCAGCAAGGGACAGCUACUGGGAAUGUCUCACAGACAACAAUGACGACUCAAUUAAGUGUAGCCAACAACGUGCACUAUUUGAAAAAUGCUGCAGUAGUCAAUGGGUGAAGCACUUUGACCGCAAACGAGAGUUUAUCAAAUACAAGGAGAAAUUAGAAACAGAGGGCUUUUACCCAGCAGAUUCUGGAAGAUCCAAGACACAAACAUGAUGGAUGAUUCUGCAUUCUGAGCGGUUCUGUGCAAGAGACCAAUGUUUUAAAACCAUUUUCUGUUGAAGAUAUGACCUUUUUUUUUUUUUUGGUCUGGGGGAAAUAUAAUGCUAUGCACCAUCUGCUGCUUUGGUUUUAAUGAAAGCUAGCCACUUCAUCAGAAGAUUUUUGUAGCUAUUGUAAUAUGGUUUUGCUAUACUUCCCCAUGGAGACUUGGGGUGUUGCCUAUCGUGUGAUAUGGAAAUGAAGGUCACGAUCCUUCUGGAGGACAGACUCGUCUUAUGUUGCUAAGUGUUUACAGCUGAGGUUCUGACUAAAUUGUUUUAAUAGUAAAAGUUAAUUUGAUCUUAAUCUCAUUAUCGAUAAAAGUUAAAAGUGCACUUUAGCUAGAUUGUACUUGCCCUGUUUUCACAAUUUGGAGAUAAUAAUUGCAGUAAAGAAUAAAGUGAAUCGAAGUAUGGCGAUACCAAGUUUUAAGACUACCAACUUAUAUUUAAACAUUUUUAGGUCACCAACUGACAUAGACUGCCAAUUAGUAAACAGUUUUAUCUAUAAAGUCCCAUAAUCUUGUUGUCACCAUCAAAGCUAAAGUUUACAAAAUUAUAUGUAUCUCAUUUCAAAAAAGAAUGUGAAAUGUAGCACUGGAGUAAAGACAAAAAGUAAUAAUGAGUAAUAUAAAUAGAACCUUUUUCGGAAUUAUUCCUCUUGAUAUACAGUGAACAGUCCAACUUUGUCAAUGUUCAUAUAGCAUUCUGUUUUUGAUAAAAGUUUUGUGACACUUACAUUCUGCCAUUUACACCAUUUACUUCUGCACAUUAGAAUUUAUGCCCUGUUAACUGAUAACAUUUGUGUUUGCAGUAUUAGAGGAAUGAAGCAAUUAUUUUCAGCAGAUGCUUUGUUUUGUUAGGCCUUCCAUGCUAUAAAUGCAACGUGCAUUUGCAGUUUCCCUUUCAAGAUAUUUUACAAUGAAGAUAUGGUACUAAUGUUUAAGAGAAUGCCAAAUAGAGUGUGAGUGAUUUGUAUUAUAUGUGAAACAGUAAAUAAUAACAGACAUUUUUAUAA